AUGAGGGGUACUUGCAGGGUGUUUGAGAACGUGGGCACGGCCCGCGGGCUGGUGGGGUGCGUGCGGCGGCUGCGGCUGGGCCAGCAGACGGCGCUGCUGGAGGAGGGCGGCGCGCUGGUGCUGCGCUCUAGCGGCGUGCGCCAGUGCGGCCGCAGCCCGUGCGCCCACCUGCCCUGCCAGAACGCCGCCACCUGCACCCCCACCGGCGACGACACCUUCCACUGCGACUGCCCGCCCCAGUUCACAGGUCCGUACUGUGAGAGCAAAACCAACUCAUGUGCUUGGAGCCCGUGUGUGGCUGGAUCAUGGUGCGAAGUGUCACCUGACGGAGGUUUUACAUGCAACUGUGGACCGACAAGCAUCAAACUUCCCUGCCACGACUUUGAUGCCGAAAAUCAGGAAGCAUUUGUGCCAGAAUUUGAUGGGAACUCGUUCAUAGAGCUUCCUAGGCUGGAAGGUGUCGGCAAGGCUUUUGCUAUGGAACUGUGGUUUCUGACAAGAGCGGUGGAUGGUGUUCUCUUGUACAGCGGUCAAAGACUGGAUGGAAAGGGUGAUUAUAUAGCCCUAGUUCUUGUCAGUGGCUACGUGCAGUUCCACUUCGAACUUGGAAGUGGUCCAGGAAAAACAGUUACUACAAACGCAAUAACUCCGAAUCAGUGGCACUCGGUGAAGGUCAGCUACAUGGACCGAGAGGGCACACUGCAGCUGGAUGACGGCCCCACCGCCACGGGCAUGUCUGGAGCGCCAUUAAACGAGCUCAAUCUGGAUCUACCACUGUAUAUAGGAGGCCUGCCGGCCACAAUGUACACGGGCGUGAUCCCGCUGCCCAACUUGGUGGGCGCGGUGCAGCGGCUGGUGGUGAACGGGCAGAUCCUGGAGAACCUGGGCGAGGGCGUGGCCGCCGUGUCCAGGUGGGCGGGGCCUCCCUGCACGGCGCACACGUGUCUGCACGGCGGCGCCUGCCAGCCCAGGCUCAACUCCUUCCUCUGCCGCUGCCCGACGCGCUUCAGGGGACCGCGCUGCCAGUACGUCGAUACUGAAGGAGCUACUGACUCGACGUCAGUGAAGUUCACUGGCAACACUUACGUGAAAUUGUCACUCGCUGUAGAUACAAGUAGUAAUGGCUCCAUGAAGCACGUAAUAAAUGAGACAUUCAUGUAUAGUGAUAAUCAAGGAGGAAAUGAAAGAAACCUUGAUAUAACUGGAAAUGAGAUUUACGAACAUAGCGAUUACGAUGAAGAAGACAAGGAUGACGAUGAGAGUGACAUAGGCGGCAAUCACUUCAUAGAAGGAGACACCUCAUUUUCUCCUGAGAAACAGCCUGACUUUGAAUAUCUGGCACAUCAUACUUCGCCAGUUGGAGAAAUAAAUUGGAGAUUUUUUCAUUAUGAGGUCACAUUUCACACACUGGAAGCCAGCGGCCUUCUCUUAUGGAAUGACAGAAAGACUAGGCACAGAAGUAAUUAUGUGGCUCUUGCAAUUUCUGAUGGGUAUUUGGAACUUAGGUAUAGACUUGGUAAAACCAAAUAUUCAGCUUCACUUCAGUCGAAGGUUUAUGUAAGCGAUGGAAGAAUACAUACGGUAGUGGCAGAGAUUCACUGGAAAUACAGUUUUCUCCAAGUGGAUGAUGAACAUCCGAAACAAAAAUUCACUAAAGGCAAUAAUAUCAGACGAUCCUUGGUACAGGAUAUAUGGAUAGGUGGAAUGGAAAGCUUACCAUCAGGACUACCAACGGCAUACUACUCAGGAUUUGUAGGCUGCAUGCACAGGCUCGUUGCACAAAAAGAACUAAUACAUCUACAAAGUGGAGAGGCAAGCAAUAUUACACUUUCACACUGUAAUGAGAAUGAAGUGUAACCGGUGCUUUAUGUCGUGUAAGUUUGAAAACGAGGAUCAUGUUGAUGAGAAAUCAUUCCAACUAUGUACACACAAAACCUCUAUUCCUCUGUAUUUACGUAUGUCAAACAUAUCUGACCUAUGUGUCAUGGGAUCACUGUACCGAAUAGUGAUAACUCAGUAACUAUUUGUAAUGUUAAUGGUGCUAUAUAAAAAUACAUUGUGACUGCUGGGUUGGGUACAUAAAAGUAAAAUACCGCGCGAAAUAAGAAACAUAUUUCUGUUAUAUAAUUUGUAGAAGUUAUACUCUGACUAAAUCAGACAUUAAAUUCUGUCUACAUUGGUGUACAUAUCUGUAUAGUGCAAAUGAAGACUCAUGAAAUUAAUAUCAUGGCCUGCAGACUAAAUGUAAAAAGUGGCACAGCAGCACAGGACAUUCAGAGUUUAUAAAGGAGAUUACUAAACGCGCUUCUCGGACGGUUUGACACCCUUGCAUAUAAAUUCUGUAAGAAUUAAAACAUUUAAUUUUGCUGUAUGUUAUCGUUACACAGAACAAAAAUGUGCAUCACUACACCCCUGUAGGUAUUUGUAUAAAAAAUUAUUAUAUACUGAAUAAUUAUCACAUGAAAGAAUUAUCAGAAGAACCAGUAGUUAUUAUCGAUAUUCACACAAUGGUUACACAUAUUGAGUAUAAAAUUGUUUUGAAGUUGUAGCGACACAGUGUACUACAGAAAGUCGUGAACAGGAAAACAUUGUUCAUCAAAUUAGCAUCUAUUUUGUUUGAGAUAUUAAACUAUUUAACGAAAUCAUCAAAAAGUCUCCCAUAAAGAAAUACAGAGAAAUAUUUAAAAAAUAACAAUCCCAGAAACUACAGUUUGUUUUGUGUUGCCGUUGACGAUGUUCAGAGACGAAUUUUCUUCAGUCAGUAAUCAAUUUGCUAAACUUAUGCACGAACACUGCAAGCUGUGAUUUAUUGUGUAUCUUGUACACAUCUCAAGUCUAUGAAACCAAAGCGCUUCAUACCAUAUGCUCAAAGUGUCUCUAUCCUGUUUGCUUUACUAUGCAUUUAUUUAUAGUAACAAUUGACUUUAUUGAGUGUUUCUAUGAAGAAAUGAAAACCCUAAUAUUGCAGGUGCCACAUACUGCCAAGUUUUCUACUAAGCGACCUACCUUCUCCAGAAAUAAUCAGUAUUACACGAAAUUUUGUACAAAGUCUUCAGAUUUUUGUAUGUGAUUCUAAACAACGGCUCAUAAAAAUUGUAUAUAAGAAUUUGUAAGAAACAUGAAAACUAUUGGCGCUUUCCAUUACAUAUAUUUUUCGCAGAAGAUGC